CCGCCCUUAAGCCUGGCCGGGCCGCUUCCCCGCAUACGUCAUUGGAAAAGAAAACGGAGUGCAUGCCCCGACUGUCGUUCAUUCUAAGCUGUGGCUCCGCGCAUUGCACCUCCUCCAGCACACCACUGGUCACUACCCCGAUAUUUAACCAUACGACUGGAUACUUUUAACCUCUGAAAUCGCCUCAUUUUAAGCACACCAGUGACUUAUGUGUGUGUUAGAGGAACUGUACUAGAGAGUGGUGAGUGUUGGCGCUUAGUGCUCGUAUCGCGGCUGUGUGUGUGUGUGCGACACUCGCUUCGCCCCUCCCCCCUCCUCCUCAGCUUGGUGAAGUGCGAGUAUUUUUAGUGAUCUUAAAUGCAUGGCUACGAGGCUACUGCAGCUUAUGCCCCUGAGUUGGUCACGGAUAAACACUGGUUUAGUUUGCUCCUUGGCAAGGCAAGAGCUGACUACUCCCCUCCUCCUCCGCCUCACCUCCAGGAUAUGAAGCUGCGAGAGGGAGGGUUCGGCACAAUGGGGAGCAGCUCGCAGUACUGUCUCCGCUGGAACAACCACCGAAACAAUCUGCUGGCGGCCUUCGACCAGCUCCUGCACGUGGAGGCAUUCACCGACGUAACACUGGCGUGUGAAGAGGGUGUCACGCUCCACGCCCAUCGCCUAGUCCUCGCUGCAUGCUCCUCCUACUUCCAGUCACUCUUCGUCAACGCCUGCGCUGCCAACCACCCCAUCGUGGUGCUGAAGGAUGUGCGGGCGUGCGACAUGCGGGCCCUGCUCGAAUACAUGUAUCGCGGCGAGGUAAACGUCGAGCACGACGCCCUACAGGGCCUCCUUAAAGUGGCUGAGAGCCUCAAGGUCAAGGGCCUAGUGGAGGAACUGGGCAAUGACACGGCCACCCGCCGCCUACCGUCCCCACACGAGGCCGCCCGCCCACCCAUUGCCCCAGUGGAUACCCGCCUUCACCAGGAACUGCCUCGUUCUCGACCAGAGCCGCCCACCUCCACCGCCCCCCCGUCUGUCUCUACCCAUGAACAGGUCCGCCUGUCUUCCCCUACACCUCCCCCCUACUCGCUGCCCCUACCAAGUCUCCCUCCACACCGCCCACAACAUCGCCCAGACCACAGAGACCACCGCCCAGACCACAGGGACCACAGAGACCUUCGUUUAGACCUCAGGGACCACAGAGAACACCGAGACAUCCGUGAACUAGACCUUCGCGAGAGCCGUGACCUUCGUGAUCUACGAGACCAUCUACUAGACCAUAUGAGAGAUCCACGGGAGAGCCACGAGCCCAGAGAUACCCACACACCCGGGAGCCUCGACUCAGAAACCCGCCAGUCCCUCUCACUAAUCCCCCCAAUGCCUCACAUGAAUCCACACUGCCCAGACUCUCCGCCACACAAACGCAAACGGCCUCCCAUGUUAGCUGACCCCAUGCUCUCCCCGACACCCAUCCUGCGCACGGCCUUAGGACACACCCACGGGUUCCACGGGCCCGACAUGAGCUCGUUGGUGUCCCUGGCCUCGUCCAUAAUGCCCCUGCCCGGCCUCCUCAGCUCACACGUGCCCCAGCUCAUGACACACGACCAUCGUGACCACAUGGAGUCUCCAUACGGAAUCACCACCAAGAAGGAGCUUCACGAUGAUGAGUCGCGAACCUUCUCUGACAUAUCACGAGAGGACGAACAGGAUAAAAUAAAGCUCGAGUCGCUAGCCAAUGGACCUCUGCUGCCAGACUUCAACCCUUACCAUCUGGACCCAAAUGGCUCCUCACACUACAGCAACUUUGUCAGUUAUGUUCCGACCCCAAAGCCAGAGUGGAAGAGAUACAAACAGUACACCAAAGCAGAUCUCAUGGAUGCUAUUGAAGCAGUAAAAAAUGGCAUGACGGCUUUACAGGCCUCUCGGAAGUACAAAGUACCAUCACGAACACUUUAUGAUAAAAUCAAGAAGAUGGGCAUCCAUACUUUGCCCCGUCGUCUGCCAAGCAAAAAGCCCUCCCCAUCUAGCACUGACCUUGAUGGAGGAGCUCCUGAACCCCAUACCCCACAGGAGGCAACAGAGACUCCAUCACAGGACAGAGACUCUCUUCAACAGGACCAUGAGAAGCGGCUAAGUAAAAGUCUACCAAGUGAUGAAGAUGACCAUUCAACGUCUGGAGCACCCACAGUAGAUGAUGAAGAGGAGUCCUCCGCUUCAACCCCAGCUGUAGGCUCCUUCUCUCUUGUUGGUCGCAAGAUGUAUGAAAAUGGAAGUGGAGGGGAGACCUCAGCCACACCUCUUGACCUGACAGACACAGACUCACUUUUAUCUAAGAGACCAGAAAUAGAGGAACGUGCUUAAAGAAGUAAAACAGGUUACAAUUUGUAUAUUCCUGUCACUUCAAAUCAGGUCCAAAUGACCUUGACAUUUAAGUCAGGUAGAUAGGUUCAGGUGGUCUAUUCCCUUUUGGAUUGUGUCACAGUUUAGUUGACCCAGUUCUGUAGGUCGAACCACUGUUUGCACUCAGGUUAUCUGGGGUCGUCUCAGCAACCAGUCAAAGUCUUGGCAAUGGGUCCAAUAAAGUGGCCCUGGGAAAGAGGCUGACCUCCAGCUAGGGUUGUGAUCUCCCCGCUCCACAGUUAGUUGAAGAUAGUUUCCAAAUUGUAGGGUAUUAUUUAUUUUUCUGUAUUAUACAAGCAUUUACAAAAUCAGGAAAGUUAUUUAACCAUCACAAUUUGGAAACAACAUUACUAAUUUCAUUCCAAAUACAAUUAUUCUUAUAUUAUGAAUGUACCAACAAUCCUGGGCCACCUACAGCUUCAUCGGCAAUGGACACAGUCCAUAUGCUUGACAUAGCUCAGGGUAUUCCCGCCUUUCAACAGCUCAUGCCGUAGUCAAAAGAUGAGAACAAAAUUUCUUGUGUAAGCAGCCAACUGCAAUAUGAAUGUCUAAAAUACUCAAUCCAUCACAUGGGAAUAUAAAUCUUACAUACAGUCAUAGAUAUGUUGAGUAAUUCAGUCAGUUUAUGGAGAAUCCUCUGCAUACAAAAUACUGUAAUUGUUAAUUGCAGAACAGGUCAACAUUUAGUGAGACUGGGCGGGAGUGUCCACAUACUCUUGUGUCUGUGACUCUUCUGCUGGUGGACUGGCAGAAGAACUGUGGGUGCAUUAGGGUGGCAGUUCGGCAGGAGCUAAGGGAAAUUUACAUUGAUUUAAUAAUCAACUGUAUUUGUGUAACAAAGUGUAAUACAAAUAUCUGCUGAUUCUUAUUUAUCAUGAAUUAAACAUAUGAUAUAUGCUGUCCUAAUUAUAAUGUAAAUAAAAUAAGAUAUGAGUCUCUUGUCAACUACAUACCUGUUUCUUGCCAUCUGAAGGCCCCUUUUCACUAUGUGGUAAUCAAAACUUACCUAAUGUAACUCACCAUUUCCCAAAACUAGUGAAUGUAUCCAUAGUUGUAAGAUUGCAAUUUUUCUUGCUCUUGAUGUAUACUGAAAUACCUCACCUAAACCAAGGACAAUUGUAUACGACCCACACUUUGAAAAUUAAUUACGCUAGAAAAGUAUACGAUCAGAAUUAUAUAUCUAUAUAUAUAUAUGUUCAGAUUUAGCUACGGUCUUAAUGAAUGCUUAGGUUUAGUACGAACAGUUGUGUGUGAAUUAGAAGUUGUUUUUUUGUUAUAUUUUAGUGUGGAUGAUAUUGUAGAUUUAGGUGUCAUGUGAGUAUACGAGUGGUAAGAAAUUGAGCUAUCCAUUUUCACCACAAAGACUCUGGUUGUUAAGAAGCUACAUUCUGACAUAACACAGAUCAUUUUAAGGGAAUUCUCUUAAAAAACAAUUAGAAAAUAAGGAUCUGUGUGAAUUAUCAGACUGUAAGUGCAGAAGAUAUGAGAAGAGAACUCUUGUGAAGUUUCUGUGAUUGUAAUGAGCAGUGCGAUGCUGAGAGCGAGUAGCCGCGGUCCAAGACAGUCUUGUGUGUGUCUUCCCCUUUCCUUUAUGAUUGAACAAAGGAAGUAAAAGAAGUUGAAGGAAGUGCAUGGCUUGAUAAAAACGUAAAUAGAAAGAGAUGGUGUUUAAGGUAUGAGUGGAUGGCAGUGGUACACCUGUCCGCUUAAAAUCUGUGAGGUUAAAUAAAAGUCUUGUUCAUAAGACACUUUAUGUUUGAAUUCAUGACACUUUGAUACCUUGCAUACAUCACUGCAAAAUUAGACUUAUUAUAUGUAUAGGAAUAUAUAAGAAUCUGAACUACUGUGGAGGAGAAUUACAUCGACUUAGAAUUAAGGAUCUGGCCAUAUUAGGUCUACUGUGUUGCAAUUUUGAGAGGUAGAGAAAUCAUGGAUAUUUAAAAUUGGUAUCUGUUUGCAAAGAAUGCUCAGCAAAAUUGCACCCUAAAUGUUGUUAUACUAAACAACAGUUGUGUCAUCACCAAUCACAUUUCAAAUAUACAGUAUAUCACUGAAAACAGAAGAACAUUACCACACACAUACAGGUAUAUUAAUAAAACCUCAUGUGCAUGUUCUUGUGUAUGUGCAUAUACACAUGCACACAAUUAUGCACAUACAGACAUGUACUCUGGACAUGCAUAUGUAUACUUGCCAACAAAAGUCCUGUUGCCUCACCAAUCACUUCAUGAACCCAAUGAUACAGAGGCCUGUGAGGUAUCUAUAUCACUGGGUUCAUGAAGAGGCAGGUGAGGCAACAGGACUUUUGUUGGUGAGUGUACACAGACACAUGCAUUUAUAUGCACACUCAUACAUAUGCCCAUGUAUAUGUAGACAUUCAUGCACACAUACAGUACUGUACAUCUAAACAAAAUCUACAGACAUGUGAUAUGUAUAAACAUACAUAAGCAUACACACACCAGUUUCAGUGUAUGUUUACAUUGUGUUCACAUACAAAAUGCAAGUCAACCAGACCUUAAGGAUUUAAAGAAUCAAUUCUUUGUGACAUUGGUUCAAGGAUAACAUACAUAUUACAUAGAAAUUGCAAUACUGUGUCAGUAAAUAUUCAAUAUUUUCAGAGCUCAAAUAAAUCUAAGUCCAGUCAGUUAAGAAGAAAAUAUACUGUAGUUUGUAAACUUUUAUUUAAUGCUAAAGGUGUUUAUUAUUACUGUAUUGCCAAGACAAGUAAAAUAAUUAUAUCAUCACAUACUGCA